UUAGGGAACAACUCAGGUGUGAGGUGGGGGGCCUGGGGGCCAUGAAAGAUGAAGUGUAGAAGAUUGUUCUUAUUCGAGGGCCUCUAUCUCCUCUUCUGUGCCUUCAUUGUCUUCAUUGUUAUGCCUCAACUGUGUAAAAGACUUGCCUACUCUCUUUAUUAUGAUCCACCUCCUCAGGCCACCUCCAUUGACCAGAUUCAAACUGAGAACAAGGCCAGACUCCACUCAGCCCAGCAGUACCUGCUCCAGAAUGAUCUACAUUACCUUUUUGACCAUUUCAAGCUAAAUCAAACAAAGUUCUGUUUUGUAAUAAUAACAAUACCAAGAGAGGGAUCCUACCUCACUCAGACUGCAGCAGCACUCAUCCAUCAACUCUCCUUCCUCUCAAACUUCACUUUCACCGUUUACAAUCUAGCAGCAGCUGGCACUCACUCUGAGGCUUUCAAACUAUCAUCAAAAAUACCAGUCACUAAUUCAAGAAACCUAGAUCCACCACCUGGCGAUAAGUUUAUUAAAGAAAAACUUGACUACCUCUCGGCUUUGAGGUGGUGCCAUCAAAAGAAGUCAAUAUAUAACAUUGUAUUGGAAGAUGAUGCCAUGGCUGAUCCAGGCUUUGCUCAUAAACUAAACUUUAUACUUCGUUACUGUUUGAAGGACACCACAGGAGAUACCUGGGGUCUAAUGAAGCUCUAUUAUCCAGAGAAGUAUCAAGGAUGGGGCAACAACAGGAGCUGUAUCGGUGAGCUCCUGGUACUGACAGUGUUAUUAGGAGGUACCCUGGUCAUACUCAGUGGUAUUGUACUGCCUAGUCCAAUCGACUGGUGGCAAUUUAAAAUAAAUGAAACCAUCUUUAAAUGGAGGCUAUUGGUAUCCCUCUCUCUCGUUCUGUAUCUCAUUCUUUCUUUUGGUAGGCCACACUGGGAAGAGGUCAGGAAGUUAAGUCCUUUUCUUAUAAACGUUGUCCCAGCCCGAGGUUGCUGCACACCAGCUGUACUGUACCCUAGGAGUCACCUCCAGUCGCUAAUAGACUAUCUUGACUCAUUCAACUGCACUGAGAGGGUCCCAGUGGACAUUGCUAUUGACUCAUGGAUUGCAGAGAAGAGGCUAAAUAAACUGUUAGCAGUCCCUAAUCUGUUCAACCACAUCGGACUAAUGUCCAGUCUACCUAAAGGAAUGAAGCCAUCUAGUGAAUUUCAUCUUUUAUUUCCACCAAAAUAGCUAAUAAAUUUUUGCAUUUUAUUUAUUGAUAAGUAUUAAUAACACUUUACCACACCCAUCAAUUCCCCAA